AUGUCCUGCACGAGAACACUGGAGACGAGACCUCAAACCCGAGAUAAUGGUCGAGAAGCCUGCGUCGCCAGCGGUCUCGGCACUUCAGACCAAGUCGACUAUCAGCUGGCGGUGCGCAAGUAUGCAGGUGGGAAAUCGGACUUUAGUUCUAGCUCGAUCUUACCGCAACAAAGGGCAAUAACUGUGCAGCAUCUACUCAAGCCCUCUACGUUGAAGACGCGCCUUCGUGCACCGAAAUGGUCGGCGUUGUUGCAUUGUACUGUUACGCUGGUCGACGAUGUGCCCGACAGAUCCGAGCGCGUGGAUACUUUCGUACAAGUGCAGCGUGGCGCACCAUGGGCAGGCCUCUACGACUGCGCAGGUCUCGCGCAUGUAGAGUUCGCGCGAAGACCUGGCCGCGCUCUGACGCAAGGGAUCCAGUCGGAAUACCCAGGCACAGCAGCCUGCUUGUACCCGACACGACAGCGAGAGCGAAAGAUUCGGUCUAGAAGACAAUGGUCCUUUACGCCCGAAACACACCGAGACGAUGCUUCCGGCAGCUCCAUGUUGGCCGAGCAGCGCCAGCAGGACGUGAGCGGGGCGGAUGGCCAGCUGCAAGCCGAGCCUCCUGCCGACCAACACACAUGUGAGCUGUAUGACACAGCUGCCAUGCUAUUAAAUAAUGGUGCCUCACCCAGCCGUGUCGUUCGCGCAGCAUGUUUACUGCAGCAGCUAGCAGCUAGUGCUGUGGCAUUUAACUUCCGCCGCACCCGUCAGAUGGCAGCCUCCGAGCACAUCUCUGAAAAGGAUGUUCACCACGGACUCGACCCGCCUCUUGGAACGGGCACGGGCGUGUCCACUUCAACGUCAUCGGGCGACUCGUACACCAGCGCGACGGACUCGACCGCGAGCACCACGGCUGAUUCGGCCACCCAGCAAAGCUCGACGACUGCGACCACUCCGUCGACCGACACAACGACCACUUCGUCGGACACGACGACUGCUUCUUCUUCGCCGUCGACUUCAACUACCUCGGCGGACACCACGACGCAGGGAGCGGACACGACUACGCAAGGGACGACAACUAGCACCGGCAUCACCAACGGCACGGGCACCUGGGGAGGAACCAGCACUGGGGCUGACACUGCAACCACCAGCGGCACCAACACGUGGGGAACGAGCACCGGAACGGAUACUGCCACUACUGGCGGCACCGACACGUGGGGUGCUAGCACGGACACCACCACCGACUCGGCCGAGACGCCGUGUGCUAGCGGAGACUCGGAUACGACGGGUACACAAGGAGUCUCUGGUGCUGGCACCACCUCGACCGACACCACUACGUCUCAGCAGACGACGGGGACUUCGGGCUGGGGAACCAGCACUGGCGCCGACACUGCCACGACUGGGACGUCCGGAUGGGGUACUGCUACCGGCACGGCCUCCACGGGCGCUUGGGGGGCUUCAACAGAUACUACCUCGGGCACCGACACCACCUCGCAGCAGACGACAGGGACGUCAGGCUAUGGAACCAGCACUGGGACGGCCACGACCGGCUGGGGAACUGGCACCGAUACGACUUCUGCCGAGACGCAUUGCUCGGGCGACCAGAGCUCGACGGGGACCUGGGGAGCCUCGACCGACACAACUACUAGCACAGGCACGACCACCCAGCAAACCUCGGGGGGUGCAACCUCGACCGGCACGACGCAUCAGACCAGCGGCGCGGAUACGUCGAACACCGACAGCACCACCACCGGCACUUGGGGUACCACCGGGACCGAGCAGGCUGGUACGGUGACCGCUGCUAGCGAGACGUCCGACUCGUGGGGCUCCACUGGUACAUGGGGCGCUGCAACGGACACGGCGAAUGCACCGUGCUCGGGUUCGUCGGACACCACGUCGGGAACGUCGACGAACACCUGGAUUGAGAUCACCAACAGUCCUAGCACCGGAAGCUCCACCACCGCCAGCACCGAAACCGCAUCGGGCAAGACUGGUGUCGACUCCACCUCGGCCGCGACGACGUCGACUGCUACUACGACUGCCUCGGAGACGACGACCUCGACCACCUCAGCCGCUGAAACAACGACUGCCCCUGCUGCCACCACUGCCGCUUCGACGUCUUCGGCCACCACGUCGGGCAAGACUGGCGUCCCCGCGACGUCGACGACGUCCUCGGGCACCUCGUCAGCGGACACGUACACGGGUGACUCGACCACGCAGCAAUCGGCGACGCAAUCCCGCCGCCGCUCUCUCCGCCACUAA